AUGAGAGAUAAGAUCUCUCUUAGAUGGGCUUUAUUUUCGACUUUAUUUUUAAUAAAUCUUAUUCCAAGAUUUUUGGCAGCUCGGUAUUCUAUUAUUCAUGAUUGUGAUGAAGUUUAUAAUUAUUGGGAGCCUCUUCAUUAUAUUCUUCAUGAUUACGGGUUUCAAACAUGGGAAUAUUCGGGGGAAUAUUGCAUUAGAAGUUGGUUUUAUAUUUUACUUCAUUCAAUUAUUAUGAUUGUUCCUAAAAGUCUAGGAUUUAAGCGGAUAACUGAGUUCUUUUUUAUACGUUUUGUGUUCGCAAUAUUAUGUGCUUUAUCUGAAACGAAGCUUUGUCUAUCUAUAAUUGGUGUUCUUGGGAAAGAUAUAGGCUUUUUUUACUUUUUAUUUACAAUUACUUCCGUAGGGAUGUUUAAUGCGUCUACAGCUUUUUUGCCAUCUACUUUUACAAUGUAUACAUCUAUGCUUGGGUUGUCUGCUUUUUUUGAAUCGGCAUUGUCGAAAAGAACUAUUGAAAUUAUAUUUUGGUUUUUUUUGGGUGGUAUUGUUGGAUGGCCAUUCUCAUUAAUUCUUGCUAUUCCUAUUAUUUCUUAUGAAUUCUUGAUUUCUAUAUAUAAUAUCCCAUUAAAACAAGUAUUUUUGAAAUAUUUGAAAGCGAUAUUUGUUUGUAUUAUUAUAUUGGCAUUUGUUUGCUUGGUUGAUUCUUUAGCUUAUAGAAAAUUUCAAAUUGUUCCGUUAAAUAUUAUUAAAUAUAAUGUGCUUAGUGGUAAAGGAAAAGGGCCUGAAAUUUUUGGUGUAGAGCCGUGGUGGUUUUAUUUUUUAAAUUUACUUUUAAACUUUAAUGUAGUUUUUAUAUUAUGUUUUUUAUCUCUGCCUAUUAUGUUUUCUUAUUUUUCUCGGUUUUCUUUAAAUAUUGCUAAAAAGGGAUUUCUUCUAUCUAUUAUUAGUCCUUUUUAUCUUUGGUUUUUUAUAUUUACCAUUCAACCACACAAAGAAGAGCGUUUUUUUUUUGCUAUAUAUCCUUUUAUAUGUUUGAAUGCAUCCAUUGCUAUUUCUCAAUCAUUAUCGUUGAUUAAAUCUUACAACAAUUUUAGAUAUAUAUCUUGCAUAGUAAGAUAUAUUUAUGUCUUUAUUUCUACAUCUGUUUUGGUGAUAUCAUUUUUAAGAGUUUUAUUAAUUAUAGAUGCAUAUAGCGCACAUAUGUCUGUGUAUACGAAAAUACCGUCUGCUAGUAAUAAUUUUAGGAGCAUACUAUGCAUUGGUAAAGAAUGGCAUCGUUUUCCAUCAUCUUUUUUUGUUCCAGAUAAUAUUAGUGUUAAGUUUAUUAAAAGUAGGUUUACUGGACUUCUUCCUGGUGAAUUUAUUUCAAAUAAAGAUGAGUGGAGAAGUGGUAUGUGGUUAAUUCCAUCAAAUAUGAAUGAUUUAAAUAUGGAAGAAUGGGAAAAAUAUACUGAUAUUAGUCAAUGUGACUAUUUAGUAGAUACAGAUUUUUUUGCACGUUAUUCCUUUGAAAAUUCGACAGAAGAUAUUAUAGAACCAAGAUAUGUAAAAAAUGAAGAAAUGUGGAAGAAAAUAUUUUGUAUGAAUUUUUUAGAUGCAUCUUCUACAAGGAUAUAUAGUCGGAUUUUAUGGAUGCCUUCAAAAUUUAGUCGAAGAAUAUACGGGGAUUAUUGUCUUUUGAAACGCAAAAAGUUUCAUAAAUUAUAG